UGCACGCCUGGCGUUAUUACAACAACAGCCAAGGCCAAGAUGUUGAAAAAAUCCGUUAUCUAGUCUUCUCCACGCGUCAGACAGCAUCUUGGUAGCGUCGCUUUUAGUGGACCAAGGCCGUACAUGCUGCACCACGUUUUUGCCGAGGACCCUGGUACUACUCUUGGGGAUCAUCAUUUAAAGCUCUACCCUUCUCCCCAGCUUGCCCACCUCCCCAGCAUCUCCUCACUUUCCUCCAGCUGUCCAUUGAUACACCGCAAACAUGCCUCCACGUAUCAAAGAGAGCGAACAUGGUGUGCCCACCUACUGGGGCCAGUCAGGCCGCAUGCUUCAGGUCCUCGUCACCAUUGUUGCCGUAACAGACUUUCUGCUCUUCGGUUAUGAUCAGGGUGUCAUGAGUGGCAUCAUCUCCGCCCCGGCCUUCCAAUCCGCUUUCCCCCAGGUCAAGGGUGACUCUACCUACGAAGGUUUCGUCGUCUCCAUCUACGCUGUCGGUUGUUUCCUCGGUGCUUGCUUCAUCUUCGUCUUUGGAGAUAAGCUCGGUCGCCGCAAGAGCAUCUUCCUCGGUGCCUUUGUCAUGAUCAUUGGUGUCAUUAUCCAAAUUGCUUGCGUCCCUCCUAAUGGCGGCGCCACUGCCCAGUUCAUCGUCGGACGAUGCAUCACAGGUGUUGGAAACGGUAUUAACACCUCGACUAUUCCUACCUACCAGGCUGAGUGCUGCAAGGCCAAGAACCGCGGAAAGGUCAUCUGUAUUGAAGGCUCCAUGGUUGCCAUUGGCACGCUCAUCGCCUACUGGAUUGACUAUGGUUGUCUCUACGGCCCUGACGACUUCACUUGGAGAUUCCCCAUUGCCUUCCAGUGUGUCUUCGCCUUUGUUGUCAUCAUCAUGAUGACCUCGCUUCCCGAAUCUCCUCGCUGGCUGCUCAACCAUCACCGCGAAGAUGAAGCUGCUACUGUCUUGGCCGGUUUGAAUGGCGUUCCUCGUGACGACCCAGAGGUUCUCAUCCAGAUGCAGAUCAUUCGUGAUGCUGUCAACGCUUCUGGCGGUGGUGGCAAGGUUCCCACCAAGGCCCUCCUCACUGGAGGAAAGACGCAGCACUUCCGCCGUGCUCUUCUCGGUGCCUCUGGACAAUUCAUGCAACAACUGUCUGGAUGCAACGCCGUCAUCUACUACUUCCCAAUUCUCUGCCAGGACGCUCUGGGCACCGACCACAACCUUGCCCUUCUAUUGGGAGGUGUCAACAUGGUUGUCUACGCCGCCUUCGCUUCGACUUCUUUCUUCUUCGUUGAGCGUGUAGGUCGCCGCAAGCUUUAUCUCAUCGGUACCGUCGGCCAGAUGCUUGCCAUGGUUCUCACCUUUGCAUGCUUGAUUGACAAGACCGUCUCUGCCCCCGGUGCCGCUGUCGGUCUCUUCGUCUACAUUGCAUUCUUCGGUGUCACCUGGCUGCCUCUGCCCUGGUUAUACCCUGCCGAAAUCAACCCUCUCAAGACCCGCCAGAAGGCCAACGCUUUCUCCACCAUCAACAACUGGUUGUGGAACUUCUUCAUCGUCAUGAUCACUCCUGUGCUCAUCACCAGCAUUGGAUGGGGCACCUAUCUCUUCUUCGCUGCGCUCAACGCUUCCUUUAUUCCCAUUAUUUACUUCUUCUACCCCGAGACUGCCGGACGAUCCCUUGAAGAAAUUGACCUCAUCUUCGCCAAGGGCUUUACUGAGAAGAUGAGCUAUGUCCAAGCCGCCAAGCAGUUGCCCAAGAUGGACGAAGCCCAGAUCGCCGAGGCUGUACGUCAGUAUGACAUUUCCGACAGUGAUGUCGAGAACCGAUCUGCUGCAGGAUCUCUCAAGGAGAAACGCCGACAGGAUGAGGAGCUUAUGCCUCAGACUACCGGACAAGCGUAAAAUCUCAUUUCUGCUAAAGCGAGUAUGUGAGCGCUGGUCGCAAUGAAUGCGAAUGAGCGCGCUGCGUGCGCUAUGAAAAUCGGCAAGCCGAUGCAUAUAUGCGUUAUGUCUAGUAGAAAAUAUACCCGGCGCUGAGUCGCCAACCAAUUCCAGGCUUCAGGAUUCUUUAUGCAGACAGUUGUUGAGCUGCAUGCUCUCCAGCAUGUAGGCUUUUUCUUUUUAAUAUGUUGCAAUUGUUUGCGUCGCAUUGCAUUAUACCAUAGAUCGACUAAACGUCGAAUACGUACUUGAAUACCAUAGUCUUC